AUGAGAUUCCUAAUGGCUUCAGAAAAUAGUUCAGACUUCACCGGGAACGAUACUAAUUUAUCAAAAUCAAUAUUGGCCUUUGACUUCAGAGUAGUCGAAAGACCGAUCUAUAAAUCAAAUAGCGGACCACCUCUUCAGACCAUUUCACUCAUUCCUCCUCACAAAUUAAAUGGAAUUAUUCUCGAUUAUUUUCCAUAUCCAAAGCGGAAGGACCCUAGCCACUUCUUGGUGGGCUACGAAAAAGAGCCACAUAAUCAACUUGUUAUACACCCAAACAAUAUUCGCAAUUAUGUUUCUGAAUAUUCUUUGGAAAAUUGGGAGCAUGAACGAAGCACUGCAGAAGAGAAACGCGCCAUCGAAGAACUUCAGCCACGUUUGAAAGUAGCAGAGAGAGCAAGAGUAUUGCGAGAAUUAAAAAGGGCGGGUUUGUCACGUGAUGUUCUUAAGGGAGAUAAUGCCGAACAGUAUCAUGCUUUGGGGAUGCCGAAGAAGAGAGGCAGGCCUCCUAAGUCUAUGGCGAGUUUACUCAAGCCAGUGCCUAAACCAUUACCCGAUCUACCAGGUGGAAAACGUCGACCAGGACGACCUCGAAAAGAGGUGGAAGUUCAUGUCACUUUACCUAGUUCCUCACAUCAUCAUCAACCCUCUUUAUCUCAGCCAUCAUUAUCCCAACCUUCUCUAUCACAAUCAUUCUCUACAGCACCAAGAGCAAUGUUGGAGCAUGCAAUCCCCGAUUCGGAAAGUGAGGAGGACGAGGAGGAGGAGGAAGAUGAUGAUACCGAUCUUGCCUUGGAUCUUCAACUCAACACACAGGUAAAUCAGCUAUCUAGCUCUGUCAUGAACUCACCUAUCGUCCCUAAAACUUCGAGUCCGGUCAUGAAUGCUUCAAGUCAAUAUCACAUCAACAAAACUCCUGUACAGUCACCCCAGAAAAACAAGCAUUACAGAAAGUCACCCCACAAUCGUUCCCAACGAGCUCCAAUUCUCCCAGGCAUGAGCGUGGACGCAUAUCCAUACAGUAAAGCCAACAUCGAUUCUUACAACGAAAAUAAGAGCAUAAGGAAGGAUGUGAGCUCGAGUAUUCACAACCAAUUUUCAUCAAGCCUUCAGCAUCUACCUAUUUCAUCAGUGGAAAAUGGUAAACAGCCCACUGAUCGUGCAUCCCACGGCACAACUCAGAGGCCCCAGCCAAAAAUACACGAUUACUUUAAAGAUUUCGGUACCAAAAGCCCUACUCCGAAGAAGGGGGAAGCGAGUCGACAUGAUCAGCUUGCAUCUAGUCUCAAACGCAAACCUUCCUCAUUAUUGGGACGAGAAGUAGAGUCAAGUGGGAAAUCUCAAAACAAAAACCGAAGACUUGGCAAGGAUCCCGAUGACUACUUAGAUGCCGAUUAUAAAGAAGGGUCUUCGAAAAGGGGGACUGCAUUAACCAUGAAGAAUCGUGCUCCAAGCUUCGUUUCAAGCCCAGCUGCGCGACGCGGAAAUAAUGUGUUCAAUCUCCGAAACUCCCGAAGCAGAAGUCGACAACCCGAUUCCUUCCCAGAUGAAGUUAAGGAGGGGAAAGAAGAUGUAGACGAAGGCGGAAAUGAAAGCAAAAAUGAAUAUUUUGGGAAGCUUAUGACAACGAGCCACCAGUGUGGGCUGUGA